AUGGAGGACGUUCAAACCCAACUUCUACAGAACAUUCACCAAGAGAUCAUCAACGGUUCGUUCAGUGACAUACAGGUGAUUUGUAGGGAUGGGAAAACAACCGGAAGUCGGCUCGUUCUGGCGGCGCUUUCCCCGUACUUCCGGGCCAUGCUUACAUCAGAUAUGGCAGAGAGUCGGAAGGGCGUCCUGGAACUUCCAACUGUGUCUCUAUCUGUGUUUCAGGACAUUCUCAAGAUGUAUUUCUGCAAGAUUAAUCUGAUAAACGAGGACAACUGUAUGCAUAUGUUAGACACUGCCGAGAUGAUGCAGCUUGAUCAUAUCAAAAAUCUCUGUAAGAUCUACUUGAACCACAAUAUGGCAAUAACUCCUCAAAAUUGUUUAAAUCUAUGGAGAGCCCUGAAACUCUACAAUUUCCUUGAUUUGUCCAAACGGGCGCUUUCCUGUUUGACUGAUAAAACGGAAAAUGUUAUUCAGCUGUCAAAGGCGGAAAUUUGUGAAAUAAUUUCCAAAGAUGACUUAACCUGUAAAGAAGAUGACAUUCUGAAAGUCGUCAUGAAGUGGAUUGAACAUAAUAAUCCGGAACAGGAGGACGUCCAGAGUAUUUUUGAAAAUGUGCGACUAGAUAUUGUUGACCGACAAUUUCUGGUUAGUGAUGUAGUGUUUUCAAAGAUCGUUCUGGAGAAUAGCGCUGUGAAGGAAAUGAUACAACACGUUUUAUGUUCAGCCCUGCCACAACGUACACGCACAACGAGGUUUGUUGCCAACCUACCUGAUGUUUUCGUACUACAACACACUGGCAAGUUACUGCUGUCUUGUUUCACGUCAGAAGAGAAGUGGGAAGACGUCCCGCCAGCCCCAGUAGAUCCUGGACAGUAUUAUUCAGCAGCGAGUUUGGAUGACAAGAUCUACAUCACUGGUGGUAAUAUACAACCUAAAUGUACACUUGUGUAUGACACCAUUAGAAAAGUGUGGAACGUAGGUCCAGACCUCAACGAUGAACACUAUUGUCACUGUACAGCCACAGUAAGUUUCAAAGUGUACGUAAUUAGUGGUUGUGAUACCAGUACAAUAGAAGAGAAGAGCGAGAGUGAGGCGCAGUGGCAGGUGGUUGUGGAUUUGGGGUUGGAAAGAACGGAUACGUUUCCUGUUACAGUUGGUGAGAACAUUCUCGUUAUAGGAGGACAAGUAAACUACAUCCCGUCAGAUUUCCUCCAAUGUUUUAACACUACAACCCGCGCUGUGACCAAGCUGGAUAGAAAGUUGCCUUGUACCUCCUACACAAUAAGAGGAUCUGUUCACCUACAAGAUGUGUAUCUGAUGGACGGUGUUGGCAACGUGAUGCACAUUCACGUCACUGACAGAAAUGGAGAAAUCCAGGUUGAGAAUAAACUAACAGCUAAGUGGAAAUCAUUGGAUGUUUUCUUUGGUAUCGUUCACCAACAUGGAAGCCUGCUGUGUUUUACAAAAGACGGAAUCAGUAAAUUCAACCUGGCUGAAGGGAAAGAAGAAUAUAGUACAUUCCCAGACCCACCUAGAAGUGGCAGUGUGUACGACGUCCUGACAUUGUGA